UUUUUGAUUUUCAACGGAAUUUUUUCGGCAAUCGUUUUUUUUUUCUCGCAAAGAAUAUUGAACAUGGCAACCGUUCCAUCGAUCACAUUGAACAAUGGAUUGAAAAUGCCGGCAUUCGGACUCGGCACAUACGGGUUGAAAGGUGGCGAAGGGAUUGCGGCAAUAAAGAAAGCCAUUGAUAUCGGAUAUAGACAUUUGGACACUGCGUUCUUGUACAACAAUGAACAAGAAGUGGGCGAAGCGGUCCGCGAUAAAAUCGCUGAGGGUGUUAUCAGUCGUUCAGACAUGUUGGUUGUCUCAAAGCUUUGGUGCACUUUCCAUGAGCCCGAACGUGUUGAAUAUGCGUGCCGAAAAUCGUUGGAGAAUUUAGAACUUGACUACAUCGAUUUGUAUAUUAUGCAUGCUCCAGUUGGGUUUGUGUAUCAUGACGAUGAAACCGUAUGGCCGAAAAAUGCAGAUGGAACCCAAGAAACAAACGAUGUCGAUUACUUGGAAACAUGGCGUGCAAUGGAAAAAUUGGUCGAUUUGGGCCUGGUGAAGAGUAUCGGUCUAUCGAAUUUCAAUAGCGAACAAGUGGAUCGUGUGGUUAACGAGUCUCGAAUUAAGCCCGUUUCAAAUCAAGUUGAAUGCUCACCCAUGCAUAAUCAGAAAAAAUUAACGGCAUUCUGUAAGGAGCGUGAUGUGGUUUUGGUUGCAUACUGUCCAUUGGCUCGGCAACAGCUCGAUGCACGAAAGGAAGUCCAAGACAUUGCGGCCAAGUACAAUAAAACACCAGCUCAAAUUUGCUUGAGAUAUUUGGUGGAAUUGGGUGUCGUCCCGAUCCCGAAGUCAGCGAACGAAGAGCGUAUUCUGCAAAACAUCAGCAUUUUCGACUUUAAGCUGUCCAAAGAGGAUAUUAAAGCGAUGGAUUCGUUGAACACUAACGAACGUAUCGUCAAAUUUUCGGAUGCUAAACACGCCAAAUACUGGCCAUUCGGCCUAGAAUUCUAGUUAAUUAAUGAUCCAAUCAAUAUAUAUCUAUCUAAUUCAAUGUUACAAAUAAGAACAGUUACAGCCUUUUAUCACUUAUCGGUUGCAAUUAAACACGUUCGCGAUAUGUCAGUUUCACUGUCCAAUACCUUAAUUACAAUAAGUUGCAUUAAAUUCUUAUCACGAUUUGAACCGCCAACAAACUACAUCGUUUCGAUUCACAUUCGACAAAUUGAAUUUAGUUUUAUUCGGUCUGCGAGCCAUACUAUUUGCAACAGCGUAUAGCACUGCACACUUUUUGUUGAAAAAUGGCGAAAUUUGCCGUAGAGAGAGCGCUUUCUUAUGGACAUUCCAAUGGGGAACUGUUGGCGCCCUCUUGACGGUUUUUUUGAUAACUAGUAGUGUUAGACGCUGUUGACUAUUUGGGUAGAAUUUAACCGGUUUGCAAAUCAAAUCGAAUGCUAUCCAACAUUGAACCAACGAAAAAUGAUUGAUUUUUGUCGAGAACGUGAUAUAGUUGUUAUCGCAUACAGUCCUCUGCGUCAUCCAUCUCCAUUAAAACCGCUACCAUGAGUUAAUGAAAUUGUACAAAAAUAUAGCAUAACAGCGACGCAGAUUUGUUUGAGAUAUUUAAUAGAACUCGGCACUGAUCCAAUUCCAAAAUCGGUCUGUGAACAAUAUUUACGCUCUAACAUUCAUAUGUUUGAUUUUAAAUUAACACCGGACGAAAUUAAGGUAAUGGACUCAUUUAACACUGGCGAACAUUUUAUCUAUAUGUGGAAUUUUCAACACUCCAAAUACUGGCCCUUCGCUUUGGAAUUUUAAUUCGAUUUCGAAAAACCAAACAAAAACUUCUUUCUGUUUAUUCCAGAAAAAAAGUUUCAAUUUUUAGGUAAUAACAAAUUGGCCUACCUUUUUAAAAAGAUAUGUAUAAAACAUAUAAAUGCAUAAAAUAUAAUGUCGAAAAAUGAGUUCAGGAAAUUACGGAAAAAAUAAACAAAUAUUUUACGAAUAAAAAUUAGUACAAUUCGCGCAAGUAUUGGAAGAUUA